AUGCCUCCAAAACGCGUAAGGAAGACCUCUUCCACGACUCAGAGACCACCAUCCCCUCCACUCUCCGAAAAGAACGCCCCAGUGGCGGAUGAGAGUGUCACGGUUGAGGUGCCAGAAGUACAGGAAAGAGGCUCGAUGGGUAGUCCACGAAACCCUCGCCACGAUGAGCCACCCAUGAUUCUGGACGAAGAUGAAGAGAUGCCGGAAGAAUCGGGAAACGCCGUCCAACCUGCAAGGCCUGAAUAUGCCGUCGGGGCGGGAGGAUACAACAUGCUCAAAUCAUACAAAGGACAGGUCUACUCAGGCAUGGCGGUGGGGGGAUCGCAUACUUGGAAUUAUGAUCAAGGCGUGUGGAAAGAAACGAAGGAGGAACCAGAUUUAUGGCGGAUCGAUUAUCAGACCAAUAAGAGACGAGCGAGGAAGGCACCGGAGGGUAGUGGCGCUCCUGUCGGGACGGAGUAUCACUGGCUCAUUGUCGCACACCAGUUUGUCAAGAAGGUUGAUGCCAACACAUAUGAGACAAACCUGACUGGGUCCAAAUAUAAGUUGGCUUACAAGUCCGCCUCGUCCAACUCAUGGUCCAUUCCCACAGUCAAGAAACAACGUGACCGAGAAGUCGAACUGCUAGAGGAUGCUAAGCAGCGUGUUCAAGGCCUGUCUCCGGUACUGGCAUCGGAGAAAGUAAAAGUUGAGAAACACGAGAAAGGGCAGCAGAAAUUGGAUAGCAUGUUCACCAAAGCUGCAAGUGGCGUUAGUAAGAAAAGGAAGCUAGGUGAGGACAGCGGAGGAUGA